AUGGAGUCAGCUGGAACGUCUGACUAUGCUAGUGCGCGUUCCAUAUUUCUUCAUCUAAGAGAUGUUCCGAUUGGUAGGUACAUUGUUUUACCAACGACGUUUGCUCCACGAGAACAGUCAUCGUUCAUGUUGCGAAUUUAUUCGGAUCACAACGUCGAUCCACGAGUUCUUCUGAAAUUUAAAAGUGUUGUGGAAACAUGGCAUAAUCUUCUGCUUGAAAUGUGA